AUGUGUGGAUUAACAGCCUUCUUGACAGUUGGAGGAAUACCUGGUUGUGUUCACUAUGCCAAUAAUUGCCCCGGCCUAGAGAAACAGUUAGAGGAAAGCUUAGACUUGGUCAACCAUCGAGGUCCAGAUGCGCGUGGUCGUUGGUUCAGCACUGACCAUAGGGUUGGCCUGGGACAUGUCCGACUCUCGAUCGUCGACUUGAGUUCUGCAGGAAACCAACCUUUCCACGACAGCGAGGGCGCCAUCCAUGCUGUCGUCAAUGGGGAGCUCUAUGACCACGAGGAGCAUCGAACGGAGUUGGCCCAGGAAUACGACUUCAAAAGUAACAGCGACUGCGAAAUUGUCAUUGCGCUCUAUCGACAUUAUGGAAUAUCAUUUCUCAACAAAUUGAGAGGCGAAUUUGCUCUUGUCCUCUAUGACGCGAAUCGCAAGCUGUUCUUGACAGCCCGUGAUCGAUAUGGUAUCAAGUCACUGUAUUAUACCAUGGUUGGCAAUCGGCUUUUAGUCGCUACGGAAAUGAAGUCUUUCCUACCUUUCGGCUGGAAGCCAGAGUGGGAUGUCACAGCUAUCAGGGAAGGAGCCUGGAUGAACGGCUCGCAGAUGUUAUUUAAAGGGGUGCAAAGGUAUAUGGUCAGUCAGAACUUCAAUCCCCCUGAGAGAACAGUCUACCCACAUUCGGAAGAAGAAGUGAUAGAAAGAGUGAGGGAGCUUAUGCUCGACGCUGUCCGAGUACGACUGCGUGCUGAUGUGGGCUUGGGAAUCUAUUUGAGUGGAGGUCUAGACUCGUCCGCUAUAGCGGGUAUGGCCGUGAAGCUUGUCCAGGAGGGAACCAAACUCGGGAAUGACACAAGCGGUGAGCGUUCAAAAAUAGACUGCUUCACGGUCCAAUUUGAAAAGGAUAGUGGGUUCGAUGAGUCAGAUAUCGCGCGACGGACAGCCGAGUGGCUAGGCGUGGGAUAUCACCCUGUAUACUUGGAUGAGGAGGCCAUUGCCGCCAGACUCGAGGAUACAGUCUGGUAUAGUGAAAUACCAGCCGCCAAUGUGAAUGGAAUGGGACGACUCGCAGUAGCUGAGGCUGCCCAUGCCAUGGGGAAAAAAGUCAUUCUCACCGGCGAGGACUCCGAUGAGCACUUCUCGGGCUAUUCGGAUUUGCUGCCGAAUUUCCUUCUAGAGCCUGAUUAUUCAUGGCCACAGUCUCUCGCUAAGCAGAGUGACUUCGCAGAAGCUUGGAAAGUAAUGGAGGAAAGAAAUCAGAUACUCGCGAUGGGCAUGGACGAGGUGGCCGGUCCAACAAAGCGCAUGCUUAACAAUACCACGUUAUGCGCCCGAUUAAGCACAUUCACUACUUUGCCGUACUCAUCCUGGACAGAUCAGCUUGCGCUGAGAAGCCCAGCCACAGCAUUUGCAGAGAACUUCGGCGUUCAGGUCCUUCACAAGAUGAUGGAGAAGUGGCAUCCUCUUCAUUCGACGCAGUAUCAAUGGAUGAAAUCUGUGCUCGCGAACUAUAUCCUCCGUUAUAUCGGUGAUAAUGUUGACAUGGUCCACCAGAUUGAGACGCGACCGCCAUUCCUUGACCAUUACGUUACGGAAUACGCGAAUAAUAUCCCCCCGAGCCUCAAAAUCAAAUAUGACCCUGAGAGUAAAACUUUUCGUGAGAAGAAUAUCCUGCGUGAAGCAAUGAAGCCAUUUGUUACGGAGGAAAUCUAUAACCGUACGAAGCACCCAUUUGUCGGACCAUUUACCUACCAAGAAGAUGGCCCCGUGCACAAGAGCUUAAAGCGACUGUUGACAGAAGAAAAUGUCAACCAGCUGGGAUUUUUCGACAAUGAUCGGGUACAGAGCAAUCUCGUAAAGGCAUUUCGCGACAAGGAUGGCGUGUGCUUCCAGAGAGCACUCGCCGUGGCCCAAUACGUUGUCCUGGGACAAAGAUUUGGGGUCAAGAAGGCCCAGGAUCCUGGAUGCAGCGAGACAUCAUCUGGGCCGUAUGUAUGA